AUGGCUAUGGAGAUGCAAAAGUGCAAGCUAUGUUGGAAGCAGUUUGCAAAUGGUAAAGCUCUGGGAGGGCACAUGAGGUCCCAUUUGGCGCCGCUUCCCCUGCCGCCGCCGCAAAAUCAAGAUUCCGGCGGCGUUGACCCCAUCAGGAAACCAACUCAGGGAAGAUCCAAGCGCGCUCGCAGGUUGUUUUUAUCAGAGGAAAACAAAGAAUCAGCGGAUCAAGGAGAGGCUGAAACAGUGACUGAAGAAAACAUAGCUAUGUGUCUUUUAAUGCUCUCCGAUGAUGUCCGGGAAGAUUCUGGGACGAUAAAACGGAGAAAAACGUCCAAGGAUAAAGAGAAUUUCCAGUGUGAGAUUUGCAACGGAGUGUUCAAAUGUUCACAGGCACUGGGUAGUCAUAGAACAGCUCACAGAAACAAGACGAUUUCCGGCGGGUUUGAUCGAGAAAAACCCAGAAAUCUUGGGGUGAAAAUGGAGGGUAAAAGAUUGCAUGAAUGCCCGUUUUGUGGAAAGAUUUUUGGGUCCGGUCAAGCGCUCGGCGGCCACAAAAGAUCACACUCAUCUUCUGGUUCUGCGGGCUCGAGUUCAUGCUCUUCAAAGAUUGAUGAGAGUUUAAUGGUGGACUCAAAUCCAGACGGUGAUGAUGUUCUAAACACCAUGAUAGAUCUCAACUUUCCGGCGCCGGUGGAAGAAGACAACUUGAACUCCAAUCCCGAAAGUCUCAUCACCACAAGUUUCCAGAGUUAA